AUGGCUUGUAACGAAAACGUGAUCAAAAAUAUAGCAAAUGAAAUAGCUAGGAAUUGUGUCGCGCAAAGUAGCGUGACGGUCGAUCCCGAAUUUGUUAUAUAUCUUAUAGAUUUGCUUCUACUUAAUCCUAAGUAUGGAAAAUUGUUUUCCAAGACGAUUAGUAGGAACAACUUGGAGUUCUUCGUUUCGGAAUGCGUCGCCAUGUUGACAAAAUGUGAGACAUCGGUGAACACUCUCAAGAUGCAAUUCACGAUGCAAACUAGUUACGACAAACUGCAGGUGCUGGUGGACAAGCAUUUGGACUCGAUCGACAUUUGCCUGCGUCCGCUCGUCUCUGAGAUCUUGGACGAAGACCCUGAAGAUGAAGCGGCUUUAAAAAAGCUCUUUAGGAAAAUGUCUAUUUACAUAAUUUUGACGAGCGGCCUCGGGAAUCCCGGGAGUAUCGGGACCUUAAAAGAGGGUAUGGCGGCGUUGGAGAGCGUUUUUACUCUCGACGAUCUGAAAGUAUUUGCUUCGAUGCCUCGCGUAGAAAAGUUGGCGCAACUCAAUGAGCUGACGCAGGUCACGUCUGGCGUAAGACUUUUUAAUCGAGACUGCAAGAAUGGUGGUGAAGGGAUACCAGAUUUACCGUUCAACUUAGUGGACGCCGGCAAAGCGUGUCUCUCGUCACUAUCCAAUGCGCUGAUAGCCGUGAUGCAGCGAGUCAACACGCUGACUUCAGCGAUCGCUGACACCGUAUCGAUCCAGGAGGAGACUGGGAAUGUACUUCUCGACCUGCCAGCGAGUUCUAAACUUACCGAGAAUGACUACAAGCAGGUUUUUGAACUGCUGGCUUUCAAUCGACAGUACGAAGUGUACAUUCGUAAGCUUUUAAGUGACGUUGAAUCUCUGGUGCAGAGUGGGACUGCGCAGGUGGACAAGUUCCGGGUCGUGCUCGAAGAGUUGCACGCCGCUGUCAAAUACAAGGCGGCUGUUCCGACUGUUACGGUCUUUCCUCUAUUCUCGAAAGUGUGGCAAGUGUGGCGCUGCAUGCAGAACAUCAUGUACCUGGUGGCCACCGUAAACCGUCUGAUGGGGACGUUGUCUCUUAUCCAAGAGCAGAUGAAGAUCCCCGUUCCUCUGGUGCAGAGCAUGCUGCAGGGCCGCGCCGUGACGUCAGACCAGGACAGGGUCAGUCGCGUCAGCGUCGAGGAUCGGAUAUCGCUCGGCUCCUUUAAGAACUUCGUGGCGUAUACCGACAGUACUAUGUCGUUGAAGGAGAGAAAUGUCAAGAUGCUCCAGCCUCUAUCGAUAGAUCAGUUUCUAGGCUUCUGCGCGGUCUGUCUGGGCGUCGGCGCGCUUAUUCCCAGCAACAUGAAGAUAGGCCUUAUCAAGAGCAAGGGCGACAAGUACGGAUUCUGUUCAGUUAAAAUGGCCGCACGAUUCAGUCGUGAUCCGCAGAGAUACGUCAACGAAGUACUGGAGUAUUCCCGAAACAAUCCGCACCUUAUCAAUUUGCUUAACAUAGCAUCAGCCGUGAAUGCAGUCAAGGACAUUCAACUUCUGGUCACGAGGAUUGAGCCCAAAACGAAAGUAAUGGACAAGGAUAUACAGACCGAGACUCAUCCCGUCGAAGGAUAUAUCGAGAAGAACUACACCUGGGACCUCUGGGAGUGGAAACGACGCGCUUGCCAAUGGGCGAAUAUAGUGAACUGUCAAACACAUUCCACUCAAACGAACUACAGUCACCUCCGUUCCGAAAUACACUGUCAGACGGUGGAACCGCGGAAUAAAUGUCUUCAGACCAAACAGGACUGUGGGGUCAACACCACCCCCAAUGGCGUGUUCCUAUGGGGUCUACGCGGCCAGUUGGGGUGCGGGCAACACUCUAUGCCCCUGACUGAAAUCGACACGGAGAAAAAUAAAGCGAAAGUGAUCAGCGUUUGCACGUGGCCGUGCAUUACAAAUGGCGGAGUUACAAGCGAACCCGAUAUGGGCUAG